UUAAGGCGCGACAUUUAUUUUGUAGUGCUGCAACGUUUACUUGUUUACUCAUUUGAAUUUUUUUCAAACUAAAGUCAUCAGCUUUAUUUAUUUAACGCAUUUUUGUAUUAAUAUUUUGUGUCACGCCAGCGUCCAAGUGAUGCCAGAUCAACCAAAUUAAAUAAAAUUAAAUAAUAAACAUUGUUUAAUUACAUGUUUAUUUAUCAAUUUGCUGCUUGCUUUUGAAAUCUCUAAAAAUGUAAAUAUAAUUCAAACAUGUCACUGUCGACACGUUGUUUCAUCUCGUUGAGUUUCUAUACAGGGUCAUUAAUGCACUUUAGUGACUGUUUUAAUGUAUUAUUGUAAGUUAUAAUGUAAUAAACGCACUUCCUGAUGCAAACCCGCUUUAUGGGGAUUUCACAUGGCUCAUCUCGGCAGCACGUCACUGUUUGGUCUAUAUUUGGCAAUGGGAGGUGUCCUGGCUCUGAGGCAGUGCGUGCUGGGCUGGGGUGUAGUCACCGACACCCCCUCUCCCUUAUUGGCAGCAUCGUGCAGUUUGGCCGGGAAAUUAAGAACCGACUGUAUGGAUCACCAAGCGAAGAGGAGGAGGCACGACAGCGAACAUUCUGUCUCAAGUGGAACCUCUGGCCUGGAUUACACGGACCUGGAGGCAGCUGAAGCGCUUGUGUGUAUGAGUUCAUGGGGCCAGGGUCACUUCCUCGGCAGCACUAGGCUGAACCCCUGUAAGCCCAGGCCACUCACACCGGCUUCAGACUCCUGCGACUCCCUCUUGCUACCAGAACUUCCAGAACCCCCGAAAGACUUUGUGUCCCUCUCUUCCCUGUGUAUGACUCCUCCUCACAGCCCCAGCUUUGUUGAGGCUUCAGCGCUCCAGUCAAGCUCCGGCCUAGCUGUGCCCUCACAACUCUGUGGGUCCAGCCUCAGUCAACCUGUCCUGGCACCCGUUGCUGAAAAGACCCCGCUCCUCCCUCGUUUGCCACAGCCCUGCAGAGCCAUGGCGACCAGCGUCAUCCGCCACACCGCAGACAGCACCCCCUGCCAACACCACAUUCCAGUGGCCCCCAAUUCAGAGAAAACUAGAGACAGAGUAAUGGCUGCAGUGGUCUGUCAGCAGCAGCAGCAGCAGCAGCACAUUACAAAGACUGAUCAGAUAAGCACACCUCCAUCUCCUCCUGCUCCUCAUACACCCACAUCACCCGCCUCAAAAACACAGCAGCAAGCCAGUCCAUCAAAAUCAUGUUUGGACAGUUUCUGCACCCCCACACAUGUCAAUACCCAACCACAGAACAGCCCACCCACACCCACUGCGCCCGCAACCCUGUCCGCGCCUUCCGUCGCCAGCCCUCAAAUCAUCUGCCAGAUGUUCCCUGUCAGCAGCCAAUCAGGCAUAAUCUCAGCCUUCAUCCCCGGCACGGUUCAGACAUCUAAUACUGGAAUUCGGACCGCCACCACAUCCAUCCUCCCCCAGCCCACCUCAGCUAAUGGCUCCCCUGUCCAGCAAUCCCUCAUUGUGGGCUCAGCGAUGCCCCAGGGCACGGUGAUGCUGGUUCUCCCUCAAUCCACCGUCUCUAAGGCGCCUCACUGCCCUCAGACUGUCAUGACCCUGGGCAACACCAAGCUGCUACCUCUGGCCCCGGCUCCUGUGUAUGUGCCAGCGGGUCCCAGCAGCGGUACGACAGCCACAAAGAUGGACUUUUCCAGGAGGAGAAACUACGUCUGCAACUUCCCCGGCUGCAGGAAGACGUAUUUUAAGAGCUCACACCUCAAGGCUCACCUAAGGACACACACAGGUGAGAAGCCCUUCAGCUGCAGCUGGGACGGCUGCGAUAAGAGGUUUGCCCGCUCUGACGAGCUCUCCCGCCACCGGCGAACACACACGGGCGAGAAGAAAUUUGUUUGUCCUGUGUGUGAACGGCGAUUCAUGCGUAGUGAUCACCUUACCAAACACGCCCGCCGUCACAUGACCACAAAGAAAAUUCCCUCUUGGCAGGCUGACGUUCGGAGCCUGAACAAAAUGGCGGUUGGCAAAACAACUCCCUCGAAACCUGCCCUCGCCACACUAAGCAUGCUGGUGCCUGCUGGUUCAAAGUAGACAAUGAACACUGCCAUCCAACCCAUUACCAAGAUACCACGGAGCAGCCAAGCACACGGGGCUGCUGCUAUUUUACUCAUGGGAAUUAACAAAAAAAACAUGCACUGGACUCUUUGAUUUCCUCUCAACCUGCUCAUUUGUACAUGUAUUUUUUCUCUAAAGGAUACUUUUUGUUUACUUUGAUAUAAUUGAUAAUAAGUAUGCACUCUCGCCAAAGCCUUUGUAUGAAGUUUGUCUUAUACAUUUCAUCUUCUCCCCCCCCCGCCUACAACACUUUUUAUCAACAGUAUCGACACAUUGGUUGUAUCGAUAAGGAUAUACAUAUAUAUGUCUAUGUGAUUGUAUCGUUUGUUGUACUAUGAAAUGCAUUUAUUUGUUAUAUUUGGAAAAAUGUUAACAUGAAAAAACAUGUAAAUAUGAAUAUUAAUCAUCAGUACUAUGAUUAUACUUUGAUUAUAUAUCACCCUGUCUAACUUUUCAUAUUAUUUAAUACAUAUUUGUAAUAAACAAAAGAUUAAAUGAG